AUCCUCCGAGUGGCUGGCGCUGGCAUGGCCUCAGCCUGGAUCACCAGAGCAUCCUUCCUCCCCCUGCAUCCCCGGCAGGAGCUGGGCAUGAGAAUGAGGGCACACGGGCAGUCCCGAGAGAAGCUCCUCCUGCCCUGCUCCCGCCAGCCAGCUCGGCCGCAGCGUACCUGGAGGCUGAACAUCCUUUGCGGCCGGGGCGGGGCCGGGAGGGAGGAUAGCAGGCUGCAGCGGAGGACCACCCUACCUCCGCCCCUGCCUGCCUGCUGCCGGCCUGCGCACGCGCACACGCCCCUCCCCCCGCCCGCCCUCUCGCCCGGGCCCCCUUCCCCUCCCCCUCCUGGCUGGCAGGAGGCGCAGGUGGCUGCAGCCCAGCGCCUAGAGCGCGGUUCCCGGGCGGCCACCCACCCAGCAGCAGCAUGGAGCACAUCCGCACGCCUAAGGUAGAGAAUGUCCGUCUGAUGGACCGAACGUCUUCCAAAAAGCCAGUCCUGGGGACUUUGUAUCUGACGGCCACCCACGUCAUCUUUGUGGAGAACGAGCCUGAAACCAGAAAAGAGACCUGGAUUCUUCACAGCGAGAUCUCCUCUAUUGAAAAGCAGGCGACGACGGCUGGGGGGUGCCCACUGCUCAUUCGGUGCAAGAAUUUCCAGGUGCUGCACCUCGUGGUGCCUCAGGAGCGAGACUGCCAGGAUGUAUACAUCUCCCUCCUCCGGCUGGCCAGGCCAGUGAAAUAUGAAGAGCUGUUCUGUUUCUCCUUCAACCCCAAGCUGGAUAAGGAAGAACGGGAGCAAGGCUGGAGGCUGGUGGAUCUCCGAGAGGAGUACAAGCGCAUGGGCAUCCCCAACAGCUGCUGGCACCUCAGUGACGUCAACAGAGACUAUCGGGUCUGUGAUUCGUAUCCCACUGACGUCUAUGUCCCCAGGUCAGCCACUGCACAUAUCAUCGUGGGUAGCUCGAAAUUCCGAAGCCGCCGGCGGUUUCCUGCCCUGUCUUAUUACUGUAAAGACACCAAUGCCUCCAUCUGCCGGAGCAGCCAGCCUCUGUCUGGCUUCAGUGCCCGCUGUCUUGAGGAUGAACAGAUGCUGCAGGCCAUUAGGAGAGCCAACCCAGGGAGUGACUUCAUGUACGUGGUGGACACCCGGCCUAAGCUCAACGCCAUGGCCAACCGUGCAGCAGGCAAGGGCUAUGAAAAUGAGGAUAACUAUGCCAACAUCAAGUUUCAGUUCAUUGGCAUUGAGAACAUCCAUGUCAUGAGGAGCAGCCUGCAAAAAAUGCUGGAAGUGUGUGAGCUGCGAUCCCCUUCCAUGAGUGACUUUCUCUGGGGCCUGGAGAAUUCUGGUUGGCUGAGGCAUAUCAAAGCCAUCUUGGAUGCAGGAGUGUUUAUUGCCAAGGCUGUGGCUGAGGAAGGGACCAGCGUUCUCGUACACUGCUCAGAUGGCUGGGACCGAACAGCCCAGGUGUGCUCAGUGGCCAGCCUCCUCCUGGAUCCUCACUAUCGCACCCUGAAAGGCUUCAUGGUAUUAAUUGAAAAAGACUGGAUUUCCUUUGGACACAAGUUUAAUCACAGAUACGGCCACCUCGAUGGCGACCCCAAGGAGAUCUCUCCAGUCAUUGACCAGUUCCUUGAGUGCGUGUGGCAGCUCAUGGAGCAGUUCCCCUGCGCCUUUGAGUUCAAUGAAAGGUUUCUGGUGCACAUUCAACAUCACAUCUACUCCUGCCAGUUCGGGACCUUCCUCUGUAACAACCAGAAGGAGAGACAGGAGCUGAGGAUUCCAGAACGGACACACUCUCUAUGGGCUCACCUGUGGAAGAAUCGGGCUGACUACCUGAAUCCUCUAUUCCGAGCGGACCACAGCCAGGCUCAGGGGACUCUUCGACCCCCAACCAGCCCCUGCAACUUCAUGUACAAGUUUUGGAGCGGAAUGUAUAACCGCUUUGAAAAGGGCAUGCAACCUCGACAGUCAGUUACCGAUUACCUGAUGGCUGUGAAAGAGGAAACACAGCAACUGGAGGAGGAGCUACAGGUCUUAGAAGAGAGGCUGGAAAAAAUCCACAAGAUUCCCCUGAGCCACAUGCCCGGGAAGAGAGACAGCAAACAUUCCGGGCUGUCUGCCUUGACGACCCCCACUGUAGUAAACACCCCUCAGGAUUCCGGCGGCCAUCUAAAGCCUUUGCCCUCCCGGAGCCCUUCCCAAGGAGAUGAUGAUUCCGCCCUGAUUCUCACGCAGGAGAACUUGAAGAGCUCAGAUCCUGAUCUCUCCACCAACAGUGACCAGGAGUCUGGCGUAGAGGACCUGAGCUGUCGCUCCCCGAGUGGGGGCGAGUGCUUACCCAGUGAAGACAGCGGCAAGGACCCUGAUCCCGAUGAGGCCGUGUUCCUCACUGCCUGAGUCCCAGAUGCUAAAGGACUGCCAGAAACAGGAAACAUUUCCUGCAAGAGGGGAGUUGUGCAAUCCCAAAUGGAAUGGCCAAGGAGAGCGGGAAAUGGGGUCCCGCAGCCAGGGCUGCAAACUUUAAGGUUUCUAUGCUGUCUGAGCAUAGAAAAUCGCCUUUGGCCUUUCCAGAUGGCAGAAGCCUUCCUCCCCCUUCUAGGUAGCAAAUGAAAAUCAAGGUAGAGAAAUGAAUGUAUAACCAUAAAUCAUAGUACUCUGGGAACUGGGAUUCAAAGUAGAAAACGCCCGCGGUAAUUGCCGUCUCACAUUUGAUUUACAAAUUCUAGGUUACGUGCACUUAAACUUCUUUUAAAACCCUUGAAAACAACUCGAAGAAACAAUCAUGAUCGUUUGAAAAAUUCUCCAGAGGUCCUGAUGGAGAACAAGAGAGGAAACAGACACAAAGUGGGGGGGGGGCACUUUGAGGGGGGAGAGAAGACAUUAAAUGUCUGUUGGUUACAGGGCACGAGGGCUGUCUUCAAACAACCGACUAAUAGGGAGCCCUCUCUAAGCAAGUGAGCAAACUGAAGUUUACUGAAGCAGAAAGAGAGCCCUAACACCUAGGGAGGGGGAAUCCAGGAAGGCUUCCUGGUGGAUGUAGCACCACAGCUGAGCCUUGAAUACAUUUCAGGAAUGGGGACUGCGUUUGGAGAGAUGCAGGUGCAGAAAAUGGAAUAUCAAGUUUAUUGGGCUCGUGGGAAUAAGGCUGCGAGAGGUGGGUUGGAACCAGCUUAGGGGUACCAGUUAAAUGCUAGGUGGAGGAAUGUGUAUUCUUAUCCUAGGGGCAACAGGGAUUCAGAGCAGGGUUUAGAGCCGAGGACCCUGGUGCUUUGGGGAGCCUUUUGGCAGCUGGGUGGAAAAUGGAGAGGCAGAAAGCACAAGGGGGCAAUCCAGGCAAGAGAUUGAGAAGGGCCUGUGACGUCGGGGGGAAGCUGUAUGGUGGAGGGAGUCCGGGAUGAGAAUCCUGCCCAGAGCUUAUUAGCAAGAGCCACUUUCCUCUUCUAAACUAGCCCUGCUCGUACGUGGCUGCCUAAAGCAGGGCCCAGGGGCAGAGGGACGAAGGGCUGGCGGGGGGAGCUGGCCCGAAGCAGGAUUCUGUGGUGAAGGCAUUUGAUGACUUGAACAGCCACGCUGAAGUGACAAUCAGCAGCUUGCCUCCCCUCCCUUACUUGUCUGGCCGCAUCACUCUAUGCCACGAUUAACCCCAGACCCUGGAGAAGCUUCUUCCACCCCAUCAGUUAGGUGAAGUUACCUCAGUGGCAGGGCUCUGCUUCGGAGUGGCACAACUGCAACCUGGCAGAGGCACCUCGGACGCCCUGACCCCUUCCCACCCUACAUCUGGAGGGAGCAGACACGACCCACAGUCGGUGAAUGGCACUGCUCUUUCGUUUCGAGAAUUCUAGGUAUUGGGAAGAGUUUGGGGGCAGAGCCGCCAGGAAGUUCCACUGUAGUAGGUGGUGCUUGAUUUAGCCAAGCCGGGGUGUCGGAAGGGAUGGUACCGGGGCCUGGCCGACUCCCUGGAUCCCAGGAGGGGUUGCGUAGACCACCCGGAAGCCAGGAGCGCCAUGUCGAUGUGGUCGGUGCUGGCUUCAGGAACCCAAGGCUUACCUGGCCCCCGGGAGGGGCUCUGGGGCCGUCUUCUCCAUUCUGGACGCAUCUUGAACAGUGCAGCAAUCCCCAAUUCGGCUGUUAUUUCCUAACCCCAAACUCCAUCCCUGGGUGCUUUCUACCUCUUGUGAUGUAGUUUGGCAUGGGAACGCGUCUUCUGGGCUCCCCCAGACGCCGCCGACUCUCUUGGUUUUCCCUUGCAGAAUGCUUUUCAGUCCUUUUUGUUGCUCUGUUUCAUCUUCACUCUAAAAUCCGGCCUAGUAGGUGAAGAGCUCCUUGGAGACCAGGAUCAACCUGAGUCCUACUGAAGUGUCAGAAUCGGUAAAUGAUCCGUUUGUAAAAGGUAGCCCUUCAUCAAGUUUUCACUGAGGGUCAUCGACAGAGAAAAAUGUGAAUUGUAGAUUCAGAAUGCUGGGAGUCUCACUUCCGCAGAUUGGGUAAUUCUAAUGCUGACUGGCAAGCUGCUGUUUGGGUGGAUGUUUUAAAUUGCAUUAAAGACAUAGUUCACUCUU